AUGAAAAAGGCCUUAGUACUAAGAAUACAAUUUUAUGCUAUUUCAGAAUUUGAGUGCAAGUGUAUUCGCUUUAUCGGAGAUCUAGAAACAGUGAAAUGGUUGCUUUGGCCCCGCGAAUACCAACCCAGUAAGGAACCUCUGGACGUAAGCGACUGGACCAAAGAUCCUUACAUUUGGCUACAUUAUGUCGAAAGCGCCGAUGGUAUCCUGCCUGACGACGAUGUGUUACGAAGCUUGCACACGCGAUAUUGGUCAAUACACGAUGUGCAGCGUUAUUUCAUCGGCGAUCUUCAUUGCGAACAGAUCCUUUUCACAUGUCAAUAUCCGAAUCUGAGAAUGUCAACUCGUCACGGCAGUUACCUUUGGAGAACUAAUACUGCUACUAAGAUACCACCCAAACUGUAUAUAAAAGAAUUCGCUAUAUCCAUGUCCGCUACCCUAAAGAAAAUGGAAAUUAAACAAGAUCAAGUCGACCGACUCAUUAUAUCCGAUCAGAUAGUACGAAUUGGCUACUUGGACAAAUUUAAAAGAGAAGAGUUUUUUCGAAUCUUACUUAAUAUCUUAAGUUUUCAGGACCGGUUGCAAUUAGUAUCUUUUGAAAAUAUGUGUUGUAAGAGACUAGAGGGAGUAAGAUUGAUUCAACAACUCGCAUGCUUCAAUGCACAAACGCUCAAAUAUCUUUUCCUAUGGCGGUUUGUUCUACCCAAUGAGAACCCCAUCCUUGUAAACUACAGCUAUAUUAAGGGAUCGGGGCAGUACAUUCCGCGACCUGAAACAAGACAAUGUUUUCUCAGAAGCUUGGGUGAACUGCGGAAUUUGCGUGUGCUUGCACUGGAAUACGCAUAUCUAGCUGAUACCACCGGUGGUGCGCUCAUAUCGCUUUUGCCUGUAAUGAAGAAGGCACAUUUUAGAUUACAGUUGAUUUGUCGCGAAGAGUCUAUUCCUGGCCGAACUGAUGCCGCUUUAGGAGCAGGAGGGCACACAAUUCCCGAUACAGCAUGGAGGCGUGUCGCCAUAGCCUGCCCUGAUAUUUACGUACUUCUGGCAUUUCAUCGUGUACGUGAUUACGACAAUAUCAGAAGAUUUUUGACGCCAAGUAUCCCACUGCGAGAGACGCACAUGCAGUAUGGCAUUGAUCUGGACAUAAAGCAAAGGCAGGACUCUGACCUCAGCUGUUUCAUUCGACAUAUCGCUUUUCGCUACGCUUCUACGUUAGUUACGCUUAGCAUUCAUCAGUGGCGAUUUGCCACAUUCCCACUGCGUCGAGUUUUCGAGCUAAUGCCGAACCUAGUGCGAUUUUACUAUGUUGGGAAAGUGGAAGACGACGUUGAUCUACGAAGAAUGCUGAACGUCAUAGCAUGUGGUGUAUAUAGUAAAUUAAAACACAUCAUGGUUCAGAUUCAAGACGAAGAAUCAAACCGUGACUAUUGGCGUAAAGCAACCGAUGCAAUAAUGGAGGAAUACAAAGACGUGUUAAAUUUGUAUGAUAUUAAUUUUUGUUUGAGUAUUUACAAGGUCUAAAUUAACAUUACCAAGUGAUACAUAGAUAAUGGGCCUGAAUUGUGUUAAGAAAAAGAAGAAACUAAAUGGCAGAAUGCAAGUCAAUAACGAUACAAAUUUCAAAUCCUUCAUAUCGGAAACUGUUACAGAUUGUUCAAAAAAGUUGAUCUUGUCGAGGUGGAAAUUGACAAAAUGUUGUUUCCUAAUAAUUCUGUUAUUGCUUCAUAAUUGAAACCACGGU